AUGGCUCCCUUUCCAUCCCCAACCUCCAAGUGGCACACGGAAACAUACCCAUCGAUAUCUCCCACCCGCCCUGAGCUUUCCGCUAGAGGAAAGACCAUCGUAAUAACCGGAGGCGGCACUGGCAUAGGAGCAGAGACCGCUCAUCAUUUCGCAGAGGCGGGUGCCUCUCGUAUCAUACUCCUCGGCCGUAGGGAACAACCCCUUCUCGACACGAAAGCCUCCAUUGAUAGCAAAUCCUCCGGAGUGGAGGUCAUCGUGGUGCCCACCGACAUUACUAAGAAAGAUGAAGUAGAUAAAGCAUUCGCUCGAUUUGUCGGUAACGGAACUAUCCAAGUUCUGGUCAGUAACGCGGCAGUGAUUGGGCCCCAAGAUGCUGUGAGUGAUGUGGACAGUGACAGGUUUCUCGAUGCCAUUCAGCAGAACCUGAAAGGAUCGUUGAACGUCGCGCAGGCGUUUCUUCACUAUGCGUCAAAGGAUGCAGUCGUUAUUGAGACUUCUUCCUCGGCGGCACAUGUCAAUUUUGCUCCGGGGUUUGCUGCCUAUAGCAUUGCCAAGUUGGCGGUCUUUCGACUUUGGGAUUCAUUGGCUUUUGCCAACCCGGAACUCAGCGUUUUCCAUGUUCAGCCUGGCGUGGUCGACACGGCGAUGAAUAGGGAAGCGGGUGGUGUCGCCGCUAUGGGCUUCGCGGACGAUGUUUCUCUGCCGGCAAGCUUCAAUGUUUGGCUCGCCAGUCGCGAAGCUCGUUUCUUAAGGGGUAAAUUUCUGUGGGCGAACUGGGACGUUGAUGAACUCAAGGCUCAAGAGGAAGACAUCGAAGCGAGUCCCAGAUUUAGUAUCGGCCUUGUUGGGUGGCCUUUUGGGAGCGCUGGUUGGAAGUCAACUUGGAAGACUCAGACUGAUAGCAGUGUUUAG